AUGCCGGACCAACACAAUGAAGCAGGACAGUCGAAACAGGGCAUGAUAGAUCCAAAGGCCAGCGGACGCUGGGAGAAGAAGUCAUUGCUAGGAAAGAGAGUCAAUGCUCAAACCCUAGCAUCCAACAACUACUCGGAAGCAAUGCAGAGAUGGGUGCAAGAGUCAAAUGACAAUGCGCCAUGGAAUGCAAUUGGUUAUUUCCAAAAGACUACGCUUGCAAAAAAGGCCGACACAGGGAAAGGGAAGACAAGUACAAACGGCGCCACGGCCGGUUCUGAGACCUCCGCUUCGAGGAGGUAG